UUUGUGUGCAAAUGUUGCAUUGAACCAGUGGUCAUAUUCUAGGCUUACAGAAUUAAUCAGAUCACUGGUGAAACGUCGUCAUUGAUAAGAUAAUGAGGGCACUCGGUGAACUGCACGGCUGCAGACGCUCGUCUGUCUGUGCGCACGGCGGGCAACACGGGCGGGUGCUAAUAGCUCAUUAGGGACAGAGGCACUUCAAAGCCUUUCUGCGCUUUGAUAGCAAUACGACCAACACGAGACAGAAAACCUCUUUACGUCGUCUCGUGAGUAAAGGCGCCCGAUUUGAAAGUCGCUGCCGCUGACUGUAGGCGUCUACAAGCCAUGAGGCCAGUCAACCAGUACAGAGUCUGUAUCAGGUCCCCGACUGGCCAAUGAACCCACUACUUGUGGAACAAACUCAGAAAGCCUGCCUGGAUUCUACUGCAGACAGAGAGCAGAAAAGGGAGAACAGGAAAGCAGCUCUGAUCUUGAACAUUGCAGUCCCUUUAUGUUACCCAGUCCUCAGCAUCAAACCUCCCACAGUGCUUCGGAAAAUGGAGCAGAGUUCAGCAGUGGGGCUGAAGAGGAGACUUCUGGGAAGGCGACCUCGUACAGCCUUCACAGCAGAGCAAAUCAAUAGUUUAGAGCAGGCAUUCAAGAGGAAUGCAUACCUAGGAACACAAAACAAGGCUGAGCUCUGCAAGAAGCUCAACCUCUCCGACAAACAGAUUCGCAACUGGUUCCAGAACAGGAGAAUGAAGCUGAAGAGGACAGUGCAGGAUGCCCUGGCUCAUGCUUGCCAGGCAAAUGUGGCACCUCAUUUCAUGCAUUAUCCUGAGCUGCAGUCCUACAGAGCAUCUCCUUAUCCAAGAUUUCAUUCAGCUGGACAGGACAGUUCUCUCACUGUUGGCCCCUAUGUCCAGCCACAGGGUCUACAGUACACUCCUGCUCUCAAUGCCGGGAUGUACCAGUACAGCAGCCUGCCGUCAGUCAUGCUUCCCUCUUCUGCGGCACCAGUUAUGGGGUCAUACCCCUCAUACUCCCCAUACUACUGACUAUAUUUACAUAUAUAAUGCAUAUAUCCUAGCAGGGUAAAGACUGUUUAAGUUUAAUAAUAAGAUGAUAAGAAUGUGGU